CCCUGGAUAAUGUUUAAUACAGAAUGCACUCAGUUUAUGGGCUUUUACUUGUCAAUAUUUAAUUUACAGUCGCAGCAUGUUUCAGCCGUUCUUUUGAUGGUGUUUGUUUGCUUGCCUGUCAGUGGUAUCAUGAGAGCUACUGGAACCCCAUGGUGCAGAUGCAGCAGAUGUACCAGCAGUCUCCCACGGAGCAGUACCAGGGCUUCAGCACGGCCCAGCCCAUGACCGAGCAGUCUCUGCAGCAGCAGUACACAGAUGCUGGGAGAUCCAAUGACAAUUGGGGCCUUCCAGAGUCCCCUCCUAAUGGUUUUGCCCCAAAUGUGGAGGCUGCUCCAGUGUCUCAGGGGGCAGUCUACUACCCAGUCAUGACUGAGCACUUCAACCAGCAACCUCUUCCCACCUAUGAGCCCUGCAUCCCAAUGGAUCCUGCAUAUCACUAUGUAGCACCCUGGCCACCGGUGAACUAGCCACGCAUCCACGGCACGCUGUGUCCUACCACGGUUGACCAGGUCAGCUACGUCGGCUCUCCAACCCCUCCUGCAUACUACAUCCCCCAGAACAUGUAACUGGCACCACCCUCACCCUCCGGGGCCCCAAGCAGU